CGAGUAAACGUUGACGAUGAGACUAGUAAAUAGCACGCCAGAAUCUCUUUUGAACAGUCAGAGCAACUCCCACCCAGAGGAGAAACUUGAAUGGGCCAGCCGGGACUUGUGGCAUUUAGAGACCGUGGACGCCACUCGAUACGGCUGAUCUCUCCCAAAAGUGCUGCCUUAACGGGGCGGAACUUGCGGCAAAGGGACCGUCCAGUUUUAAGCCGGGUCUUCCGUGGGUGAAGCAUAUUACAGAAGGCAAAGAGGAUUCGGAAGCAACGGCAGGUGUUCAGCAAACGUCUUGACGGGGAAAGGUGGCAGUAAUGCUGACGCUUGCGAGCAAACUGAAGCGGGAUGACGGUCUCAAAGGGUCCCGGACGUCAGCCUCGGCCUCCGACUCCACUCGGAGGGUGUCUGUGAGAGACAGGCUGCUUGUUAAAGAGGUUGCAGAGCUUGAGGCUAAUUUACCGUGUACGUGUAAAGUGCAUUUUCCUGAUCCAAAGCUCCACUGCUUUCAGCUAACUGUAACCCCAGAUGAGGGUUACUACCAGGGUGGAAAAUUUCAGUUUGAAACUGAAGUUCCUGAUGCGUACAACAUGGUGCCUCCCAAAGUGAAAUGCCUGACCAGGAUCUGGCACCCCAACAUCACAGAGACGGGCGACAUAUGUCUAAGUUUACUGAGAGAACAUUCGAUCGACGGCACCGGCUGGGCUCCCACAAGGACGUUAAAGGAUGUUGUUUGGGGAUUAAACUCUUUGUUUACUGAUCUUUUGAAUUUUGAUGAUCCGCUGAAUAUUGAGGCUGCAGAACAUCACCUGCGGGACAAGGAGGACUUCCGGAAUAAAGUGGAAGAUUACAUUAAGCGUUAUGCCAGAUGAUAGGAGGAGGAGACGGUGGGGCUGUGGACUGUGUGUUGUAGGCUUGUCCCCAACCGCAACCAAAAGGGAGCCUCCCCCCCAGCCCUCGCGCUCCCUCAGACCCCCGGGUCGCCUGCAUCCUGUGACCACGCUGUCCCGAGGAAGAGCCUCUGCACGACCGCCCAUUGUAGAUGGAGAGUCCCACAUAAAUACAGCAGGAACAUGUGUCUGGGGUCCUAAAGAGUUGUCUGCUUACCUUAACAUGUUUACUUUUUGGAAACUGUACUGUAUAGGCUGUUGAUGAGAUUCCUGAGCAGUUGUCAUGAACUCAGAGUUGAGGCUAGCGCUUGCUUUGUCCCCCUUUCCCCAAGCCCUUCCCCGCACACGUGAUGCUGGUGAUGUGCUCAGUGUAGCUCGCAGGUGGGCGGUAAGAAGCCCGCUACACACUGUGAUUGGAUGCAGAUUCUCUCAGCUCCUUCCCACCGACGUUGGUCCUGCCUACAUGUCGUGAAGCUUCCCAGAAUGCAUAGUCAUUCACUGUAGAUCUCUUACUGAAAUGCGUAUUUUAUUUAAUGUAAGUAUAUUUUGGAACAGAUUUGUAAUUUGUACAAUUUAAUGCUUUCAUUAUUUUUUUCUAUCUUCAUUUAGUUUGUAUUUUCAUUGUAUAGAGCAGACAGGAAGAUGCUGGGAGAAAUACAAAGAAAAUAUGAAAGACACGUUAUUCCUUCUGUCCAAAUGAAACAAGAAUUUGGCUUCUAAAAAUCAACUCUUUGGGGUCCAGCUGGGGCGAGGAAGUUUUCGGAACCUUCUGAAGCUGGAUCUGGGUGGUUUAAAACGAAAGGCAGGGAGCCCUUUCCCACCUGCUGCCCCGAGGAAACCGGCCAGAGCCCAGGUCAGGCAGGGGCUUGGUGUCUCCACAGUGGCCUUGCGGUCGCGAGCCAGUAAGCAGUGCCAGGGGCCUCGGGUCCUGAGGGAAUCGGCCACCCGCGUGUCAUGCCCCUGAGACCGUGCCUGUGGCCUGCUGAGCUUGCUGUGUUUCCGGGCCAUCUGCAGGGAGCCUCCUAGGGCCUUGCGGGGCUGGGAAUCGGCAGCAGCGUCCAGCCACACUCAGGCCAGUGCACUUCGGAGGAAGAAAACCAAGGAGGCAGGUGGAUACGUAUCUGACCCAGUGAAAUCAAAUGCAAAAUAAAUAGUUGUAGGGUCUUCACCUGCUGCCUGCCUGGCAUAGUCACGUUUCACAGCCGCCUCUGACCUCUGGAUCCCCCCUGUCUGCCAUCUCCCCAGCCUGCUGUGUUUUUCCUGGUUUCUAAUGCACCAUCUGAUUAUGAGAUCAGUGUGUCUUAGAGACGGGCAAGGAGGGAAUGUGGCCAUGCUUCCUUCCCACUUGUAGUCAGGAAUUGUGCCCGUUAGACUGAGGGGGCCCUGACCGAUCGGCCACACCUCUGGUGCGCAGCGCAGGAAGAGUGGGGCCGGAUCGAGGGCGUGUGGCAGCUGGGAGGCUUGGGGCCUGUGAGGAGGACAACAGUAACCCUGCAUCCUGGAGCCUGGAAGAGGCACUGAAGCUUACGCACUAAUUGGAGCAGGACACAGGGCAGGUCAGCAGCUGGCCUGCCCACACUGUGGCCCGAGUUCUGCCCCUGUGAUCCAGGCCACGCGGUUCUGUGCCUGGGCAACCCCAGGCUUGAGUCGUCAUAUCUCACGGCUGUCCGAGCAGCUCCCAGGCUGCACAGCUGGUGGUGCAGAUGGAGGUGGAAGAAAUGACUCCAGAGCCCAUGGUCGAAUGGAAAUCUGCACGUCGUAGUAAAAGAGUACCUUCUGGACGAGACUGGAAGGUACGGCUGCUAAUUCUGACCUCAGAAUAUUUGCGCAAUAGAAAAAUACUUUGCUUAUCAGAGAUCAGUUAAUUCCUCAGAAAUGACCUUUCCCCGUGACAAGAUCAUCCUUUUCUGGCCGGUGCAAAUCCCUCCGAGGCCUUGCCUUCCCCCAUCUUGGUAAGGAACACAGCCAGCCUGGCCCAGCCCAUCGUGGUGGGGAAACAGUACUGCGCUGGGCACGUGGCCAGUGGGGCCCGGGGCACCUUUGGGCGGCUGCAGCACCCUGACUUGCAGGCCUUUUGGUUUUUUGGGAGUCUCCUCCCCCCUCGGGCCAAAGUAACAUUUCUGACUCCAGUCCAUGGGCUCCACCGGGCGGAUGAUGAUUGGUGGUUUCCGAUCUGCCAGGGGGAGGGUUUCCAGUCCUGGAGCCAGACGGCAUGGAGCUCCGGGCUUCUCUGAUGUCCCCUGGGGUCCCCCUGACUCCGAGGCGUAGCGUUUGGAUGUCAGCAACACGUUUCCCAAGCGCACUCAGCAGGAAACAGUUCCAGGGUAGGUAGACCUGUCGGAAGGCAAAGCUCACGUGUCUCCCCUCUCGAACACAGACUCCAUCUGAAGUCUCUGUCAGGAGCCAGGGCGAGUGCGUUGGUCUGGCGUUAAGGACUGAUCCUUUGCUGGGUUGCUUCCGCCCUCUGUACUUGGCUUGUUGUAGAGUGCUGGCCCAGGGAGCAGCGUCUUGGGUUAUGGUUAACAAGACACCCUGCUUUAUCUACUGUCCUCCAUAAGCACCAAAAGCCGAACAGGGCUGUUUAUGGUUUCUACCAACUACAGAUUAAGCCAGGUUG